UGACCACAAAUUCCAAGGCCCCUCGGGUACUGGGGUGUGUGUCCCAGGGGGUGGGGCGGGAGCCAGGGACGGAGACAGAAUCAAAAACCACCUUGUGCGUAGAGGCAGGGGGCGAGGCUCCACCCCUGGCACUUCCUCUUUCUCUGGGUCCUUCCUUUCUGUCUGUCUCGGCCUCUCCUCCUCCGCUCACGGCUUCUGUCUCCCCGUCUCCCCACUGCCAACCCUCUUCUGGUCACUCACCCCUCCAUUCGACGAUGGCGGCCCAGGACAGCUGCCUCAGCCUCAUCAAGUACCUCCUCUUCGUUUUCAACCUCUUCUUUUUCGUCCUGGGCAGCCUGAUUUUCUGCUUCGGGAUCUGGAUACUCGUGGACAAGACCAGCUUCGUGUCCUUUGUGGGCUUGUCCUUCAUGCCGCUGCAGAUCUGGUCCAAGGCGCUGGCCGUCUCGGGGGUCCUCACCAUGGGCCUGGCCCUCCUGGGCUGCGUGGGGGCCCUCAAGGAGCUCCGCUGCCUCCUGGGCCUGUACUUCGGGAUGCUCCUGCUUCUGUUCGUCACCCAGAUCACCCUGGGGAUCCUCAUUUCCACUCAGAAGACCCUGCUGGAGCGGAAAGUGAAGGACUUCGUGCUGGAGACGAUCCAGAACUACCACUCGGACCCGGAGAGGUCCGCGGCCGAGGAGAGCUGGGACUACGUGCAGUUCCAGCUGCGCUGCUGCGGCUGGCACUCUCCCCAGGACUGGUCCCGGGCCCCCAGCCUGAGCAACAACGCGUCGGAGUUCCGCCUGCCCUGCUCCUGCAACAACUGGUCGGCAACCAACGACUCGGCCAUCCCCGACAUGGCCUCCCUCUCCCAGUUCAGCCGGGGCGGGCCCCUGGCGCGGCCCAGGCACAGCGCGGACCUGUGCGCCUCCGACCCCAAAACCAGACUCACCUACGGCGAGGGCUGCGCGCGGAGCCUGCAGAAGUGGCUGCACAACAACCUCAUCUCCAUCGUGGGCAUCUGCCUGGGCGUCGGCCUGCUCGAGCUCAGCUUCAUGACGCUGUCCAUAUUCCUGUGCAGAAACCUGGACCACGUCUACGACAGGCUCGCCCGGUACCGAUAGGCCCCGCCCUCCCCAGGCCCCGCCCUCCCCGAAGCCCCGCCCCCAACCUCCCAGUGCCCUGGGCACUUACUUCCCUGUGGCCUGUAAAUAUUUGUUUAAGCCCCAGUUCUCCCCUGGCAUUGAGCCCCCUGCCUCCUCCCCCCCGCCCCCAGACCCACCCAGGUGUCUGCCUGCCCCACUGCUGUCACCUCUCUUGUGGGUCUUGGGGUUUCCCACCACCAACUUCCGGUCCCCAAAGAUACCUCAUUUCGGUGACUCAUUUGUCAGUCUACCAUCGCCCACAAGAUUAUUAUUUCUCACUCAAACUUCAAAUAAACCCCCUACGUUUUGGUAAAAA